AUGUCUGCUCCUCAGCCUUCAGUCGAGGCCUCUACCUCUCCGGCCGGUCCCGGGUGUCUUCUCGGCCAGUCCUUUCCCCUUGUGCUGAAGAAACUCAUAGAGAACCCUCCGAAGAACUUUCUGGAUACAGGAGAAGUGGAAAAAGACAAGACCAAAUUGGACAAAGAUGACAGCCUUGAUGGAAAUUCAUUGUCUGUUUCUGCUGCACUCAUGCCGCCUAUCUGGGAUAAGACCAUUCCUUAUGAUGGGGAAUCUUUCCACUUGGAGUACAUGGACCUUGAUGAAUUCCUGUUGGAGAAUGGAAUCCCAUCCAGCCCAACACAACUUGCACAAGCAAUUCAGAACCCACUUAUGCCAGUUUCUGAGCUAGAAGAUGAAGAGGAGACAGCUUCCACUUCUUCUGCAUCCCCCAUGUCACCAUCCGGUUUACUGCAAACAUCUGAAAGCAAAGAUGCUUCCAAUGCAGACAUUCCUCUGAAAGAAGAAAAUGAUCCUCCUAGCCCUGUUGACCCAGAGAAAAUAGAGGUGAAAGUAAAUUUCAACCCAGAUCCUACUGACCUGGUGCUGUCCAGUGUGCCAGGAGGAGAGCUAUUUGACCCUAGAAAACACAAAUUUGCAGAGGAGGAAUUGAAACCUCAGCCCAUGAUCAAAAAAGCAAAGAAAGUAUAUGUACCGGAUGAAAUGAAGGAUGAAAAAUACUGGAACAGACGAAAAAAGAACAACGUGGCAGCUAAGCGUUCUCGAGAUGCACGGCGGCUCAAAGAGAACCAGAUUACUGUGCGGGCAGCUUUCUUGGAAAAGGAAAACACAGCACUUCGCACAGAGGUGGCUGAACUACGCAGAGAGUUGGGAAAAUGCAGGAACAUCAUUUCCAGAUAUGAGAGCCAAUAUGGACAGUUGUAA